AUUAACGCUAAUAGUGCUAAGCACCAGCGGCGUUCUGAUAACUUGCACAGCGUACACACCUUCAUACGCUUUUCUUAGCGGAAAGAACAGCGAUAUCGUAAUACACGACCAUGUACAGUUUUCAAAUUCAUGACAUUCUUCACUGGGUAUGGGAAGCCGAGAUAAACGUCGCCUGGAAUGAUGGUGUUUUAAUUUGAACUCGCCUGCAGCAAUGGCCUGCAGAAUUUUCAAGUGUAAGCGUCCGGUCGUAACUACGUACAAGCUAUUAACAUUCGAUUUUAUAAAAUAAUCGUUAAGAAUGUCAUAACAAAGCUCACUAAGGUGAUAUAUGGUCGUCUCGUAAUCAAAUCUUCCUCGCCACGGAGUGUAAUAAUUCUUUAACAGGAAUCAAUGAGAAAGCAGCUCUGGUUAUUUCCUACCAAACAUGCAGUGUUUAGAUUCAGCAAAGAACAAACAACACAGUUUUUCCACAAAUCAUAGACAAAUGUGUAUCGCAUUAAUAUAAAAUAUUUAUAGUCAAAACAGCUUGAUCUUAUCGUGUGAGGAUUUUGAAGAGUUGGCAGUGACAUCGGCUGCCAGUCCAUCAGAUGUGCCCACUGAUAGUAACCGUGUGUCCAUCAGAAGCCCAAAGCAAGCAAGACCUUCCUACCUCUCAUAUGCCGACAGUUAUUUGCAAUUCUAUUAUCCCAGGAUUAUUUUCAUCCUUUCAAGCACACAAUAGAGGACUAGAUCGCUCCUCCUAGCUUAUAAUAGGCAAGAUCGUCAAGAAGACAAGGGCUAUUUGCAUAUCACUGCUGGCUUCAGUGUCACUCUACUAGUACAAUAUUAUAACAACGUGAGCGCUAAUCGGAUUAAAGCUCGUUGGCCCUCUAAUCUAUACUCAAGCCAAAGGCCCGAUACUAUCAGUGGAUAUUUCAGUUUCUGGGCUUCCAUCCGAUCUCAGAAUAUCUUUGUAGCUCGACCCUGCGCUUCCAGCCUUCUUUCUAUCGGAGACGUUCCCACGGUGUUUUCGUAAGGACGUAAAGGCCGCCCGCCCACCAAUGUUAUUUGAUGCUUGUCCACAACGGCCUGUAGGUUAGUCUGCCAGUGCUCGACUACGGUGCACAGACGAUUGACAACUCAGAUCACAAGCUCUGCUCGGCUAAAGCGCUUUCUACCAUGAAGUGGUCCAAGCUUUGCAUAUCACUCGGAAUUCUUUGCGUCUGUUUGACUAAAUAUACCCAAGAAUGCUCGCCGCCAAAAGGUUGGCAGCCUAUGACUCCAUCAGAGCGAGCUAAAAAGGCUCAAAUCGUCGUAUACGGGACGGUAGUAGCAAGCCCUCGUACUCGUAUUAAGGGAAAUAAUGGACAAAAGACAGCCGGUCGUUACACUGCGGAGUUCCGGCUUCACUGCAUUAUAAAAGGGCCCAGGUUAAAAGCUUUGGUCAAUAUCACAGGUUUCGGUGACUUUCCAGGAGUGUGUGUCCACUCAACUGCGAAACUCAAUAAGACUUACGUAGUGUUCGUGGAGCACUCUUACGACACUGGUGUCUUGCGUGUUGAUGAGAUCAACGUUCAGAGAGCUUCCGUGCACGUUGGACAAGCUCACAAAAUCGACAAACUCGCGGUUUUGCGCGAGAUCAUGUUUGAGUCGGGUCGAAAUGCUUCGGUACCUUUGGAUGCUAGCAGUGAUGUAAAAUCGGGCUGUCCUAGCUUUCCGACAACAAGUGUGUCAAGGUAUCCUGCGCGCAAGGACGACAAGCACGACAAAGCUUGUCGGUGUCGAAAGAAAAAACAAAAACAAAGAAAGAAGAAGAAGAGAUUAAAGAAGGUUAAGACGUUAGCUACGAGUAAAGAGUGGCUGGAGCAGCCGACAUUGCCUCGGACUCGCCGAUAUAAUAAUGCUAAUACGGCGCUGGAAGGGAAUGUGGAGGUGCUAGUGCAGAUAUCGGGGAAUGAGGACUUUAUGAAGCUUGGUGGUGCGGCCCCACGGCUCUCACAUUUUGGGUAUUGUUGGCGUAUUAUGUUGACAUUACACUGCGUCAUUAUCACACAGAUAAUGUGGCUAAAUACUUGAUUUAUUGAGAGUCUAACAGCCUUGGAAUGGUCGUAAAUACGUGUUUGGAGACAGUGGGUGAAAAGACCGCGCGAGAUAUUCCCUCGCUACGAUUCACCUUCCACAUUCCGUGCGCGAAUGACACCGAAACGAGAAGAAGAGAGUUUUACUCUGUUUAAACGUGCAGUUAUUGUCAAAGCACUAGUCCGUCCGCUGGUUCAAGCGAGACCUCGAAAUAUAACACCCAUAAUUGCCGCUUAAAUACAGCGGAAAUGUACAAUUCCAUACUAAAGUUGCACCCAGUUAGCAGCAACAAUAGUAUAUUAGCGAAUGUAAUACUAUAUCAUGAUAUUUAAGCCCUUCGCUGUCAGUAGUCUCCACACUUUACUGGUGAACGGUGCAGGUUCGGGCGACUCAAGUAUUCAUUAACUAGAUAGUAGUGUAUGCGUCUCAUCAGUAUGAGGAAGACUUCAGAAACAAUACCUAGCUAUCCAGUCAUUCAUCAAAAGUAAAGCCAUUAACACCUCCGUUCUAGUGAGCAAGCUUAGCUUGGUAAUUAACGACUGAACAAAAAGUUCUCGAAAAAGAGUAAUACCGUUAUGCGAACGUCCGCAAACGCGAGAAAAUCAUCUCAAAAGAGUGCCGAUCUUCUUUUAAGAAAAAUAUACAGAAAGGUUUACUACAUCCCUAAGGACUCGGUGCCUUAAAACAAUGCCAACUACAUUGUUUGCCUAAAGGUGUUUAACAGUUUUUAAGUGCCUUGUAAAUAAAUUCAGAUAUAAAGAAAAGAAAAAAAAAAUUGUUUA